GUUAAAAGAAUAGUUUAAAUAGUGUUCGACAGAAGAAGGAGAAUUAAGGAACUCAAGGCCAUUUGAAUCAUUAUUGUGAUUCACUGAUCUAGUUUCAGUUCAGCAGCAAGUGUGUUUUCCCUCACAGACAGACAGACAGACUCCCCCAACACAAGCGUGUCUGUUCCUGCAGCCAAUCAGAGCACACUGGCCUCUAUAUAGGGAGUGCUGAAGCCAUCAGUGGGAUGCAGAACGACACACACCAGACCUGAUCUGAUCGGACAUCCAGGUUUCAGCGUCCAAAGAAGAAGCAGAAAUGGCUGGAUUUUGCCUGCUGAGUUUGAUUCUAGCUGUAGUAGCUCUCACCGUUUGUAGAGCCCAUCGCCGACUCUCUCCCAGCGGUUUAAGUGAGAAAUCAGCUGUUCUGUGUCUGAAUGGAGGGACGUCUGUCUUGUCUCCGUCGGGGCGUCACAUGCUCUGUUUCUGUGCUGAUGGCUUCAGCGGCUCCAACUGUGAAACAGAUGAAUCCAUCUCCUGCUUUGAUGGGAUCGGUCUGCACUACAGAGGUCCCGUGUCCAAAUCAGCGAGUGGGCGGGAAUGUCUGGAAUGGGAUUCAGAGAGUGUGCGUGAAAUUGGAGUCUAUCCCAAGAAUCUUGGCCCGGGACGACACAACCACUGCAGAAACCCAGACUACAGCCGCAGAGCCUGGUGUUACGUUCGGACCGCGUCUAGGAUCAUGAAAGAGGACUGCGAUAUUCCACGCUGUGCAAAAGAUCACGGUUCUGACAGUCUGACGGGCGUACAGUCCGGCUGGCAGUGUGGUCAGAGGGAGGAGCGCAACAUGAAGGUUGUGGGCGGGGCUUUGAGCUCGGUGGCGCGCCACCCCUGGAUGGCGGCGGUCGCCCGCGGGAGAGCGUUCACCUGCGGCGGGAGUCUCAUCUCGCCCUGCUGGGUCCUCACGGCCGCACACUGCUUCCCUGACGGCACUAAGACUAGCAUCCAUAAAAUAUCAGUAUUUGUGGGGAGGAACGCCAUCAAUGAGACGGACGCUCAGAGAGAGCAGGAGUUCAGGGUCUCCGAGCUCUUCAUCCAUGAACACUUCGACAACACAGACGGCAACUACAACCACGACAUCGCGCUGUUGAAGAUCCGCAGUCCUGACGGUCGCUGUGCUAAAGAGUCCAGUUCAGUCAAGACAGUCUGCAUCCCUGAAGCGCAUCAGUCCCUCAGUGUUGGGACGUCCUGUGAGGUCACUGGAUACGGCAGAGAACAAGAAGGGUUGUGGUAUUACUCUCAGUAUCUCAGAGAAGCAAAGGUCAACCUGCUGUCGGAGGAUGUGUGUUCGAGUAAAGCAUAUUACGGCAACAUGAUCACAGACAACAUGCUGUGUGCCAGGAGUCCCGACUGGAGCGCGGACGCGUGUAAGGGUGACUCUGGCGGGCCGCUGGUGUGUCGCGUUCGUGACCGUGUGUUUCUGUUCGGUGUGGUGAGCUGGGGAGAGGGAUGUUCCAGACAGUUCCGUCCUGGAGUUUAUACUAAAGUCAGCAACUAUUACAACUGGAUCCUGGAGAAAACCGGCCUGUCGUCGCUCAGCUGAGAACAGGAGCUCACCUGCCCUCAUUCACGGCAGAGACCAACAUAAAGAACCUGAGCGAACAUCUGCAAACGAGUCGUGUUCAAACUGAUUUCUGUUCAGUUACUCGUUAAUAUGUCCAUCAUUCUUACAUUCCAUUCUAUUGCCAAGAUAUAACAGCAGCUCAAAGGACUUUCUGUAUGAAAAAUAUUUGUGAAAGUAUUGUUUUGCAUUGGUAUUAAAAUGUACAG